AGUAACCUAGGGCCGGCGUCAUACGACGGCGUACGUGGACAGCAAGUAACCAUGGAUCGCGAACAUAUAUCAGAGCUCCCUUCCCACUUGGCUGAUAUUGUUGUCCCGCUCUCCCAUUCCAAUUAAACUCCCUGUGACAGCGCCGGAAGAACAUGUCGCCAGCAAUCGGAGAGUCCGGGCCCUACGGCGGGCUCACACCCGAGCAAACCGACGCCUUCUGGCGAGACGGCUACCUCAUCAUCCCCAGAGCGCUGCCGCCGACGACCACCCAAGCCCUCCUCGACGAGACGCACUCCAUGCUCGAGUCCUUCGACCUGACCGACCACCCCUUGACCAAGUUCAGCACGGGCGAGAAGUCCGACCACGUCGGCGACUCGUACUUCCUCGAGUCGGGCGACAAGGUCCGCUUCUUCUUCGAGGAGGACGCCUUCUCCGCCUCCGGGGAGCUGACGAAGCCGAAGGCCCGCGCCAUCAACAAGAUCGGCCACUACCUGCACGGGCUCAGCGCCCCCUUCGCGUCGCUGCUCGACCCGGCGCUGAACCCGGACCUGCUGGGCGCGGGCACCACGGGCGGCUCCGUGGCCGCCGGCCGCAAGGAGUCGCACCCGGGGGCCGUCGCGCGCGCCCUCGGCUUCCGUGACCCCCGCGUUCUGCAGAGCAUGGUCAUCUGCAAGCAGCCCGAGAUCGGCGGCGCCGUCCCCCCGCACCAGGACAGCACCUUCCUCUACACCGACCCCCCCUCCGCCGUGGGCUUCUGGUACGCCCUCGAGGACGCCACGGCUGAGAACGGCUGCCUGAGCUUCCUCCCCGGGUCGCACCGCUGGGCUCCCGUGAGGCAGCGGUUUGUGAGGGCGGGCGAGGGCAAGGGGACGACGUUUAUCGACAAUGACGGGCCGAGGUUUCCGGACGACAAGGAGUUUGGGGAGAAUCUGAAAGGCGAGGGGGUCGACGAGGAUGGGGAGUACAAGCUGGGCGAGGUCAAGGCUGGGGACCUGGUGCUGAUCCACGGCAAUCUGCUGCAUAAGAGCGAGAAGAACCUCAGCCAGAAGGGCAGGAUCAUUUACACAUUCCACGUGAUUGAGGGCGAGGGCCACAAGUACGAUGAGAGGAAUUGGCUGCAACCUCCUGCAGAUGGUUUUACAAAGUUGUACCGAGAUGCAGAUUGGUAAUAAUGUCCAGAAGCCAAACUUGUUAUGAGACUAUGAGAAUAUGAACAAAAGGUUAAGCGGAGCCGCCUAUAGGGAGGUUAGGCGUUCCGAAACCGAUCAACGUGCUGACCAGAAACAACAUGAAUCGCUUGACGACUAUCACGUUAUUACUUUAUCAAACUUGUCACAUGACUUGCUGCUCAUGUCAGACCAGUCCUGCAAAUCUUGAAUAAGGCCAUAACGGUCAGUUUUGGUGCGGGUGUGGCGCCUGCCUCCCUGUAAUUAACUGCACGUUACAUACUUGGUUCAUAUCGAUACACUAUACACUGAUGCUCGAACUAUAUGCUACUUACCGUAUUCGAUAAGAACAUGUAACCUCGGAAGCUACUAGCUCUUACCAAGUACGCCAUUAUCAGUUGGAAAGUUAGCGG